AUGGGGAAUGACAAAAAAUGCCCGCUGGAUACUGACCAUGUACAGAAUGGACGCCGCUAUCAUGCGUUCCGUGAAGGCACUUAUAUCUUGCCCAACGAUGAAGAGGAACAGGACCGAAUGGACCUAGUUCACCACAUUUACAGUCUCCUCCUCGACGGGAAGCUCUACCUUGCCCCCAUUGACAAGAGCCCUCAGCGCAUCCUCGAUCUGGGAACCGGCACAGGUAUCUGGGCUAUGGAUGCCGCAGAUGAGCACCAAUCAGCAGAAGUGAUUGGAACCGAUCUCAGCCCCAUUCAGCCCCAAUGGACACCCCCCAACUGCGUCUUCGAAGUUGACGACUUUGAAGAUGACUGGGUGUACAAGAAGCAAUUUGACUUUAUCCAUGGCCGCGAGCUGGAAGGAUGCAUAUCUGACGACCUCCUCCUCUUUCAAAGAGUUUUCAAGUCUCUUGUACCUAACGGAUACAUCGAGUUCCAGGGUGUCGAAGCUCGGUUCGUCUCUGACGAUGGCACCCUUGAGAAGGCCACCAACGCACAGCAGUGGAUGCAGACCCUGAGGGACGCUAGUGUCAAGUUUGGCAAGCCAUUGAACAGUGCACCUAGCUGGAAGGACAAGGUGAUUGAGGCUGGAUUUGUGGACGUCAAGCAUGAAGUGCGCAAGCUACCUAUUGGCGCGUGGCCCAAGGACCCCAAGCUCAAGGAGAUUGGAAGAUACCAAUCGAUUCAGGAGCUGCAAGUCGUCGACUCAUAUACACCCCAACUUUUCAGCCAGGUUCUCGGCUGGAACAUUGACGAGAUUCGUGUGUUUAUGGCCAAGGUCAAGAAGGAACUUCAAGACCCAUCUAUUCACCUCUAUCUCCCGGUGCACUUUGUUUGGGGCAGGAAGCCUGAGCAGUAG